GGGAGCUGCAGUCGUCGCCAGGAGGUACCGCCCGUGUCCCGCUCACACACCAGCGCGCUGCGGGAGGAAAAGCUGGGCGCCAGGAGGAGGAGUGAGUACCUGAUGGAGGAGUGCAGUUGCUGCCGGGAGUAACACGCUUGUGCCAGCCUCCAUUCUGACGGAAGUAGCAGGCAACUUGCUGUGUGUUGCGGAAUUAUUGCACCUGAGCUGCCUGACCAGGUGUGGCGAGCGUGUGUCCUGUGGUUGUGUCGCUGGCGUGGCUCCUAGUGUCAGGAGAUUUACCGUUGUGUGGAAUUACUCCUGUGUCUCCUACACACACGCUCACCUGCACACAAACAGUCACUGAGUCAAGUUGCUUUUGUUUGUACAUAUUACUGCACCACAGCAUCGUUGAUGGUAGUCUCACACACCUCGGUGUCAUCUUCAAGUGGCCGCGAGAUGCGUUGUCCGCGUGGACGCGAGUUGAAAGGGUUUUAGUGAGUCAGGAUUUAUUUGUUACACUUUGUCAAGUUCAGAUGGUCAGGACAGGAGACUAUGACCACAGGGGGCCUGGUUGUCAGCCAUUAUAGCCAUUACCAUGGUUUGUUGCCAUUGCCCCCACAGCCAUGGCUGCAUGGCUGGAAGCACUGUAAGGAAAAGGCACCCUGGCAGGUUGAAACAUCCACCUUGGAUGAUUUGUGCAACAAAGCGACCAUCCAUUAUUGUCGUGUCUGUGAUAGUUGUAAUAUUGGCUCAUAUACCUGCCGUGGUAGGAGUGGAGACCUCGGGACUUGUUUGUCAACAAGACAAAUGCAGUAUGAGUUUUACCAUCCCAGAGAAUAUUUCAGUGGAUUCUUAUGUUGGAACUGUGGGUGGUUCAGCAGGAGUGAGUCCCCCAUUUCUGGCAUUCAUACCCUCCACCUCUGAUGGUAGCACUGCUGAUGCCACCCAGGCAUUCCGGGUGAAUCUCGACACAGGUCAAAUAUUUAUCAAAGCACCACUGGACCGGGAGACCAACCCCAAUGGUUAUGCAUUUGUCCUGACCACAGUGAGCAAGCCUGUUGUUAUCGAGGUGACCCUGCAAGAUGUCAAUGACAACAGUCCGGUCUUUAGGCCUGACAGACUCACUCUGGAAUUUUCAGAGUCAGCGCCAGUGGGGACCAAAAAGCCUCUAGGCAGUGUCACUGACCCAGACCUGGGUGAAAAUUCCACUCGUACCUGCGAAAUAGUGUCUGGAAACAUUGACGAUGCAUUUUCUCUGCAACAGCAGUCAUCAGGCUUUGACAUCAUCUUAGACCUGAGGGUUAACAGCCAGCUGGACUACGAACUCCAUAGCUCCUACCUGCUCAUCAUCCGGGCCAUGGAUGGUGGUGGUAGAACAGGGGAGAUGCAGGUCAACAUCAAGAUACUGGACCAGAAUGACAACCAGCCCAUCUUCAACACCAGUAAAUAUGAGGUGCAGAUAGCUGAAAAUGUCACGGUGGGCACCAAGAUCAUACAGGUGCAGGCAACUGAUCAGGACUCGGAGCUGAACGGAAAGAUACGAUACUCCAUCGACAGAAAAACUGACCCAGAGAAUCGCUUCAGCAUUGAUGCCAACACCGGAGAUGUGAGGGUGGUCAAGCCGCUGGAUUAUGAGACACAACCCACGUACAGAUUAAAGCUGGAAGCUACAGACUAUGGUUCGCCUCCUCUUGCUGGAAAUGCUGCACUGGAUGUCAAGCUGGUGAACAUCAACGAGCAGCCAGCCAACAUCAACUUGGUCUUCCUACAGGGAGCCGACAGACAAGGCCACAUUCCAGAGAACACAGAGAAGGGGACGCCAGUGGCCAGGAUUUCUGUGGAUGACCCGGACAUGACAGUCGACCUGAAGGUCCAUGGAAAUAUCACCUUGCUGGGUGGGGAUGGGGUCUUCGGUCUACAGAUCACUGAUGGUGUCAUUUCUCUGAUCGUGGUGAACACUCCUCCAGACCGAGAGCAAAAAGCAUCGUACGACCUGACAGUCAUUGUCACAGACUCUGGCAAUCCGCCUCUUCGAGCUUCUGAGUCCUUCACCGUCUACAUCGACGAUGUCAACGAUAAUGCACCAGUGUUCACGAUGAACCCGUACAGAGGAGAAGUGCAGGAGACAGCGGGCAUUGGGACCUCGGUCCUUCAAGUCAAUGCCACCGAUGCCGACGAUGGCGAGAAUGCCAGGAUUCACUACUCCAUCCAGCCCAGCACCAGCCCGCAGUCAGGAUGGUUCACCAUCGACAGCAACACCGGAGUAAUUACCACCAACGCAGCCAUUGAUUGUGAAGUGAAUUCCCAGCCAUCCUUUGUGGUGGUGGCCCAGGACAGCGGGGACCAGCCGAGGUCUGGAAGUACCCUGGUGAUGAUCAGUGUGCGGGAUGUCAACGACAAGCAGCCGGAGUUCGAAACCAGUUUUUACAACGCUCGGGUACCGGAGGAUGCCAGGGUUGGAGAGUGCAUUUUACAGGUGCAUGCAGUGGAUCCCGAGUGUGGCACCAGUCCGGUGACGUAUCAGCUGGCCAGGAGCGCGGACACGCCGCCAGAGUUCAUAGUUCAGGAGGGCACCGGGAGGAUCUGCAUCCAGCAGCCGCUGGACUACGAGCGCAACGCCACCUACCAGUUCCUCGUGCAGGCCGUCGACAGAGAGGGCCUGACGGCGUCGGCUGUGGUGUACGUGUUGGUGAAGGACGUCAACGACAACAGCCCCUACUUCGAGCCCCUGCGCUACUCGCUCAACGUGGAGUCGGCCAUGGUGCCGGGGCCCCUGCUGACCGUGCAGGCCGCCGACCUCGACUCCGGCAUCAACGGCACCGUCACCUACUCCUUCGUCAACGACAACACCGCGCAGGGCCUCUUCACCAUCGACGCCGGCAGCGGCACCAUCUCACUGACCAGGUCCUUCCCACCGGCCACUAACCGCGUUUACCAGCUCAGCGUGCAGGGGAGGGAUGGCGGCGGUCUGCUGUCCCCCCAGGCGGCGCAAGUCAACAUCAGCGUGUACAGCGGCGACCUGCACCCACCCGUCUUCACCCUCACCAUGUACAACUUCACCGUGCUGGAGAACGUGCCCAUCGGCUCUCGGGUAGGCCGGGUGGAGGCCACCAUGUCGUCUGGCAGCACAGGCAUCGUGUACACCAUCCAGUACGCCAGUCGCAACUGGUUCCGCAUGGACAGCAGGACGGGGGAGAUCUUCACCGCCGCGCAGCUGGACCGCGAGACCCAACCCUCCGUGCUGCUCACUGUGCAGGCACAGUCGCCACAGCCCUUGUACUCCAUGGCACAGGCCAACUUCACUCUACUUGAUGUCAACGACAACUCGCCCGUCUUCCCAGCGUUCAGCGUCCAGACCAUCGAGGUGAGGGAGGAGUCGCUGCGCCAGGACCCGGUGUACAUCGCCCACGCCGUGGAUGUCGACGCCGGCAAUAAUGGCAGCGUCAUGUACCGCCUGGCCAACGACUUCGGCGGCCUCUUCGCCAUCAACCAGGUGAGCGGCGAGCUGUACCUGCGCGACACGCUGGACUACGAGAAGACCAGCAAGUACAGCCUGCAGAUCGUGGCCGAGGACCAGGGCGCGGACGUCAGACGGAACGCCAGCCUCACUCUGACGGUGAACGUCAAGGACGUGAACGACAACCCUCCCGUCUUCACCCAGAGUGUCUACGACUUCUACGUCAGUGAGGACGUUUACCUGGGCUACACCUUCGGCCUGGUCAACGCCACCGACAUCGACUCCGACAACAACGGUCGUGUCUCGUACUCGCUGGAGUCCUCGCCCUACCUGUCUUUGUUCGGCAUCUUCACCGUCACAGGUGUGCUCAACACCCGAGACACUCUGGACCGCGAGAUUCAGGACUUGUACACCCUGGUGGUCACCGCCACAGACCACGGCAUUCCCCAGCUGUCGGCCACCGCUUCCAUCAGGAUCCACAUCACCGACGCCAACGACAACAACCCGGAGUUCUCGCGGAAGGAGUAUAAGUUCACGAUCCCGGAGAACCAGCCGCGCGGCACCCGCGUGGGACAGGUCACGGCCUCCGACAGGGACACCGGCGACAACCAGCGGCUGCAGUACCAGUUCGCCGCACCUCAGACCAGCUUCGUCAUCAACACUCUGAAUGGAGAGGUCACGACCCUGGAAAGUCUGGACCGCGAGCUGCAGGAGGACUACACCCUCAACAUCUUUGUCACGGACUCGGGUACUCCUCAGAGGAGCGACACCGCCACCAUCAAGGUGAAGGUCAUGGACGUGAACGACAACGCCCCGGUGUUCACCACACCAGACGGUCAUCGGGAGUCAGUACCCGAAAACCGACCCAAGGGUAUCCAGGUGAUGAAGGUUGUCGCCCAGGACCCGGAUGCUGGCGAGAAUGGGACCGUCUCGUACGCCCUGACACAAGAUGGCAGCGACAGCGACGCACUUGCCUGCUUCGCCGUCCAUCCCACGUCAGGCUGGAUCACCACCGACGAAGUGCUUGACUUUGAGACGAGGAAGAACUACACUCUCCGAGUCGUCGCCCACGACAACGGCAGCCCUCGCCAGUCCAGCCACCAGCUCAUCUACAUCAGCGUCCUGGACGACAACGAUGAGGCGCCGCUUUUUCACGCCAAGCACGUGACCUUUGAUGUGGUGGAGAACGUGUCCAUAGGGACGGCGGUGGGCGUGGUCAAGGCGGAGGACAAAGACUCGGGGGAGAACGGGCGCGUGACCUACUACCUGGUGGGGGGAAACGUCUUCAGCCUCUUCGCCGUGGAGCCCUCGACCGGCGUCAUCCAGUCCGUGCGCAACAUCGACUUCGAGGAGUCGUCGUCGCACACGCUCAGCAUCCAGGCCAUCGACAACAACGCCAUCUUCCCGCAGAGCAGCAACAUCAGCGUCACCAUUAACGUCAUCGAUGUCAAUGACAACGAGCCAGAGUUCGACAGCGACCCGGUCUUCCUGCGGCUGGUGAAGGAGAACACCGCCGUCAGCUACGUGGUCCACACCUUCAUCGCCACGGACCGCGACUCCGGCCCCAACGGUACGGUGCGCUACUCCAUCGCCUCCGAGUCUGCCUCCGGCCCCAGCCCCGCCUCCGGCCGCUACUUCAACAUCGACGCCGUCAGCGGCGAGCUGAGCGUGGCCAGAGCCAUCGACUACGAGCGCGUGCACACCGUGGCCGUCAUCGUGAGCGCCAUGGACAUGUGUCACGUGCCCACCUGUGUGCUGAGUGCGCUGGUCACGACUGUCGUCUUUGUGCUCGACGUCAACGACAACCCGCCGGUGUUCGAGUCGCAGACGGAGGUGCACGUGUUUGAGGACGAGCCUGUCGGCUACCCGCUCAUCUACGUGGUGGCGGUGGACGUCGACUCCAACCAGGACGACAGCGGCAACAACGUCAUCACCUACAGCAUCGUGUCCGGCAACCAGGACGGCAUGUUCCGCCUCGACCCUGUGGCUGGUCUGCUGACUAUUGCCGAGCCGCUGGACCGCGAGAAGAAGUCGCAGUACAUCCUCAACAUCACCGCCGAGGACUCCGGCGUGCCCAAGAUGGCGGCCUACCAGCGGUUGCUGGUGUCGGUGGAGGACGUCAACGACAACCGCCCCAUGUUUGACUUUCCCCGCUACGAGACCAGCAUCCUUGAAAACAAACUGCCGGGCAGCUCCGUCCUCACCGUCCGCGCCACCGACAGGGACGAAGGCAUUAACGGCAACCUGACCUACCUCAUUCCUAGCGGCAUGGCUGGCGACAAGUUCGCUGUGGAUCCUCGGGGCGGCCACAUCACCACCACUGUCAGCCUGGACCGGGAGGAGCGGAGUUACUAUGUCAUCACAGAUAGUAAACAGUACGAGCUGCAGAUUGCUGAGAACCGCCCUCAGACCAACAUCAUCACCCUCGUGGCCUCUGACCUCGAUGCCAACGCCAACGCCGCCAUCACCUAUACCAUAGCCAGCGGCAACGAUGGCAGCUUUCAAAUCGACGCGACCACAGGUCAGCUGUCGUGUAAAGCACUGGACCGUGAAGUGGUGGACAGCUACUCUCUGCUGGUCAACGCCACGGACCACGGUCAGCCACAGAAGUCCGGGUUCACCCUGCUGAGGGUGAGGGUGUUGGACAAGAACGACAACAGUCCGCGGUUCAGCGAGCUGACCUACACCGCCAACAUCCCUGAGGACGUGGCGCGGGGUCACACCGUCAUGAGGGUCCUGGCCUCUGACCCCGACCAAGGUCAGAACGGAGAAGUGGCGUACUACCUGGGCAACGACACUGACGGCUUCUUCACGGUCAACAGCACAUCUGGCGACAUCGUCAGUCCGGGGUUCAGUCUGAGGAGUUCAGCUACAGGGGUGUUCGACCGCGAGAAGAACGCGUCCUUCGUCUUCAACCUCUUUGCGUCAGACCGAGGCGGCUCGGGCCCUCGCAACGCCACCGUCCAGAUCCGGGUGACCAUCAGCGAUGUCAACGACAACGCCCCUGUGUUCCAGUACAGGUGCCCGGUAAGGGCGGACGACCCUGACGCAGGUGCUAACGGUAGUGUCACCUAUCAGCUGCUGAGCGACAGUGGCAACAGUUUGCAGUAUUUCGAGAUCAUCAGCUCGUCGGGUCUCAUCAGGUCCAAGACCUCGCUACAGUCGGCACUGGGCUACCACAGCCUCCUUGUAGUAGCCACAGACCGCGGUACACCUGCCCUGACCUCCACAGGUGUGGCGGAGAUCGUGGUGGGUAGCAGUAGCCCGCAGCUGCAGUUUCAGAGCAUCGAGUACCGCGUGGACAUUCCAGAGAACUCGCCCGUCAACACGACAGUCGGCACAGUGCGAGCCAACUUAGCAGUCCGACAUCGUUACCAUCAGCCGUACAGCUUCGACCAACGGCAACCAUUUCAUUACACCUCAAUAAAUGCAGCCCAGAUAAGGGAGUACAUCAUUCUGCCCCCGUGGUGCUGUCGGUGGGAAGUUAAGCACAGGAUUUAUGAGUUAAUGACGGGCGUGUUCGUCAUCACUGUGGAGUUUAGUGGUGGCUGCAGCACAGAGGGACUUCACUUUUCCAACAAGGUUACCAAGGGCAGGGACCAGAAUGAUGGAAGUCAGUUCGCUGCUGUCGUUUGUGACCAAAGAUUUUGUGUGAUGACUUCCGUUAAAAUAAAGUCGAUGUUGAUGUUGACUGACGCGCUGUGCGAUGUGCAGGUGACUGACGGGAAGACGACUGUGACCACCAUCCUGGAGGUGUUUGUGGAGGAUGAGAACGACAACGCCCCCGAGUUCCUGCAGCAGAGCUACCAGGUGAUGAUGGCGGAGCAGACGCCGGCCAUGCAGUCCGUGUUGACCAUCACCGCCACCGACGCCGACGAUGGAAACAACGCCGUCAUCACCUACAGCCUGGUGGCCGCCUCCCUGCCUUCCUUCUUCAUCGACCCCACCAACGGCACCAUCUACACCAACAAGACCAUCACGUCAUCAUCCGCGGAGACGGUGGUGCAGCUGGUGGUGAUGGCGCGAGACAAGGGCACCCCUCCCCUCUCCUCCCUGGUGGCCGUGCAGGUGCAGGUGGCGGCCGUUAACAAGUUCCGACCAGAGUUCACACAGAGCAACUACACGGCUCAAGUGCGAGAGUCUGUGCAGAAGGGCACGGUGAUACUGCAGGUGAGCGCGACGGACGCCGACUUUAGCCGGCGCAGCGACAACGUCCACUUCGUGCUGUCGGGCCCUGGCGCCGCCGCCUUCUACGUGGAGAGUACGACCGGCCGCGUGCUGGUCAACGCCGCCUUGGACUACGAAAAGGUCAAGCUGUACGACCUGACGGUCAUGGCCAUCGACCGCGGUACGCCACCGCGCAACUCCACGGCCCCCGUGCGCAUCGACGUCAUCAACGACAACGACAACCCGCCGUCCUUCGUGCAGCGGCGCUACAGCGUGACGCUGGCGGAGAACUUCACGGCUGGGCAGGUCUUCCUCACCCUGCAGGCCAUCGACGCCGACUGGCCCACCGCCGCCCCCAACGACAACAUGGAGUUCAGCAUCACUUCCGGAAACAGCGACGGCGUCUUCUUCAACUACAAGACUGGGGGGCUGGUGGUCUUCACACAGCUGGACUACGAGACCAGGGCCUGGCACCGCCUCAUCAUCCGCGCUGUGGACUGCGCCCUCUGCAACUCCUCCGAUCCUCGCCUCUCUGCUUUCGUCACGGUGGACAUCAACGUGACGGAUGUGAACGAGUUCUGGCCCAAGUUUCCCGUCACACACUACUACCAGAGUGUGUCCGAGAACCAGCCGACCGGCCACACGGUAUUUCAGGCGCACGCCAACGACCAGGACGGAGGAGAGUACGGCAAGGUGACCUACUCGCUCGUGCCGGAGAAGGACGCCAGCUUCUUCAGCAUCAACCCCCUGACCGGUGAGGUCACCACUAACCGGACCUUCGACUACGAGACCGAGCUUCGCCACACCUACAACAUCACCAUCCGAGCCUUCGACCCCGACAACCGCAGCGACACGGUGGGCGUGACCAUCAGCACGACGGACGAUGACGAGUACCGGCCCAUGUUCAGGCAGAACACCUACACCUUCACCGUACCUGGCAGCGCCAAGACCGGCCGCUACGUGGGCACUGUGGCCGCAACGGACCAGGAUGGCGGAGCGGCCGGCCGCCUGGUGUACUCCCUGGACACGCCCAGCGACUAUUUCCAGGUGGAGCCACUGUCCGGCAACAUCAGCGUGGCUCUGACGCUGCACGACGACGUGCCCCCUGGCGGCGGGGAGGAGGGCCUGCAGCGCCGCAAACGCGCCAUGCGGUACGACAGCGAGCAGCUGACCGUGCGCGUGUCCUCGGGCCUGGAGGCGUCGCUGUACAGCACGGUGUCGUGCGACAUCCAGGUAGACCGCACGUGCCCCGGCUGCCAGGUGCCGGCGUCGCAGACGAUGGAGGGUGGGGGGCUGAGUGCCGUGGCAGUCGCCAUGAUCGUGUUGGUGUGCGUGCUUGUGCCAGCUGUCGUGGUCGUACUGCUGCUGGUCUUCUACUGCCGCCGCCGCACGCGCAAGCAGCCUCCGCUCCCGCCGACACACGGUGGGGGGUACAUGAGCCGCAGCAACGUGCCCGGCAUCAUCGCCCCUCCCGCCGACGAGGUGAAGGUGCCGACCAUGUACAAGGAGGUGUUGCACUUUCGCCACCGCGGCCAUCCCAACGCUACCUCCUCCGACAUGUCGGAACAGUCCAACAACUCGGCCUCCAGCGGCCGCGGGUCGGCGGAAGUGGAAGAGGAAGACGAGGAAAUUCGCCAGAUCAACUCCAACAGCUACCUCACCAACUCCGCGGGCUUCCGCCACAAGACCAUGCCGGACUCGGGCAUCCAACAGGACGACGACACGCUGUCAGAACCCUCGGCCACCACGCACCAGGAGUACCUGGCCCGCCUGGGCAUCGACUCCAGCAAGAUCGGCAAGCCGCCAGUCAGCAAGGUCGCAGGGGGCAAGGUCGGCGCUGACAUCGCCUUCUCGGUGGAGAGCAUGCACCAGUUCUCCGACGAAGGGGGCGGGGAAGGUGUGGUAGACAUCGACAAGCUGACGGACACCGAGGUGGACGAGGAGGUGGCCAUGAUCGACUGCUCCAGUCGCCACCUGGCGGCAGGCCCCGUAGGCCUGACAGGCAUGUUUCACGAGCCUGGCUCGCACCAGGCCGCCAGUCUGUCCAACGUGGUGAACAGCGAGGAGGAGUACUCGGGCUCCUACAACUGGGACUACCUGCUGGACUGGGGACCGCAGUACCAACCGCUGGCCCACGUCUUCGCCGAGAUCGCCAAGCUCAAGGACGAGUCGCUGACGCCCCGGAAGCAGCCGGUCAAAACGGUUCCCCAGCGGCGCAUCGCCAGCGGCACAGGACUGCCCGUCCCCCAGACCCGAAUCGUCCCGCCCCCGCUCAUCACCAAUGCCCCGCCCCCCGUGGUGGAGCCGGUGGCGGCGGGGAGCAGAGGGUCGGGCAGCAGCGUACAGGUCAAGGCCAGUGGGAGUGGCGGGGUCAGGCAAGCCUCCGCACCCAGCACCAGCUCGUCCGGCGCGCGCUCACAGCGCACCAGCGCCAUGAACUCUUCUGUUCCCAGUCUUCCACGUUCACCCAUCAGCUACGAGUCCAGCUACACCUCCCCCGCGCUCACCCCUUCGUUCACUCCCUCCCUGUCCCCGCUCGGUGCUCGCACGCCUUCCAUCUCCCCCGCCCUCAGCGGACACACCAGCGGACACGCUAGCAGCGCGCACGGCUCUGGACACAACACGCCUGGCAAAGCUGUCUCACACAUCCCACACCACAAACUGCACAACCACCCUGGUCACCGCGGCCCGCCGCAUCCGGGCAGCAGCAACGGCCACGUGACUCUCAGUGCUUCCUCGGACUCGGAGAGGGAGUUCAGGAUAUGAGAGGUGGGCAGGGAACCGGGGGGUGUUGGAAGGGUGUUCACGCUGGCUCUACUGCUUACGCCUGUGUGAAGUUGUGUUCACAUUGGCUUAGUUGUUCACAGGUGUACACGCAAUGUGUUGAGAAAACCGCAGAAUGCACCAGGCGUGUGUGUGCCUGCGUGUGUGUGUGUGUGAAGAUUGCCAAGCGGAAGUACUGUGAUGUGAUGGCCAGCUGACUGGUUGGUGUGGAGACGAGCCUGAGAUGUCACUGACCUCUGCAGGAAUGACCUCUUGGUUUAAGAACUCAAGGCUGCAGGCGUGACCGGCAGUGUGACAGGUGGGCCUGGACUAUCGUCACGUGUCGAAGGAGGUGGACGACCUCGCGCCUCCUGACACCCGUGACGUCAGACUUGUAUUCAAUCGAUGGCUGACUACCUUUUGUUGCUAUGCAACGAAUGAUAAGCACAGAGUAUGCGUGUGAUGGACACUGGAAACUACUGAAAACAACGGAUGUGAGUGAGCGACUUUGGCGAGCGGAUAUGGAGUGAGGAGGGUGAGCUCGUGCAUGGCUGUUGGUGUGUUACCGAUGUCAACAAAUGAUCAGCGUGUCUGUGUGUGUGUGAUUGCAUGAAAUGUUUGCAUCACGUGUAGCUCUUUCAUACCUGUACUGUGCUUACGCUGUCGUGCUCGCCUGCUUGCUCGGGUGCAUGCAAGUCCGCUGGCGCAUAAGUAUUUCCCACAAGUCCGUGUAGGUGUGUAGGUGUGUGUAUGUGUGAACGUGUAACACCUGCAAGUAAGAUUUCAUGGUUUAAAAGAAUCAUCCGACUUAGAGACAAAUAGUAAACUGUGGGACUUCUUCCAGCUGUGUGACUUGUAUUUAUUGUGAUAUAAGCGGCAGCAAGCCAAAGAUCAAGGCCAUUGAGGUGAGAAGUGACAGGUGAGCACAGGUGUGUUUGUAUUCACCAUCGCUCCGUGUCGGGGGAGCAAGCAGUCGCCAAUACUCAGUGCUGGGACCUACAACGGUGCCAUCCUUACCUCCUGAUGUCUGCUUACUGUUAGUUUGUGCUCUGUCUCUCGUUAUCAACUCAUUUGCACGAUAAACAAUCAUCACCUGCAGUGUCGUGGCCAGAUGAGAGUCAGACCAGACUGUCGACUAACAUGUCCGUGGUGUUGCAUUCUUCAUGUCUUCUGUCAUCUGUUGCUACUGUAUGUCGGUGUAGCUAGGGUGUCUGGUCACAAACACUUCACACGGACUUGGGAGGCAGAUAUGACAAGAACUAUUUUGUAAUGUGGAUGUGCUUACAGUGCUUCCAUUGAACGCUUCGUUUCCAGAGUGUGCCAGCGUCCUGCCAACCACAGGGUGAUAAUGAGGAUAAUUGUUGUCAGGCCUGCAGUGUGUCUGAUGGUAUGAAAGGUAAUUGUAGCCUACAUAAGUGCACCGUAGUGAAUGAAACUGAAAUUCAGAUUGAUGGGUGUUACAGUAGAUGAUAUUCAGUGUAUAUAUAUAUCUCGAGUAAGUCGACUUCUAUCGUCAGCAUUGGCAUGAGAGGUGUUCACACCAUGUGUUCUGCAAAUUCGUUGAAGCUUUUUGAUAAAUUUAAUGUCUGCAGGAUUUGAAAUGUUACAAGGUCAACAGGCUUUUGCAGAAAUUGUGUAAAUAUGAAGUAUUUGAAGUAUUUCACACGUUGGACGUUCUAUUUUUGGAAGAACUGUGACUGCGCUGUUUCUCAGAAUCAAAAGACGAUGUUUGUACGUUGAUGUUGAUGUUGGUACGUUGGGCGAGUUGUAGGGACGCAUGGGAUGUAUGACCAGCUGUCGUUUCUGCAAUAAACCAUCAACUGUCA